ACACUGCGAGGAGCACUGUCUCAGUGUAAUACGCUCUUCAGCACGCCGGAGCUGCUGCUGGUGACGGCCGUCUGUGUGCUGCUGCUGGCGGUCGGGCUCGUGGGAAACACGCUGACCGUCCUGGUCGUGCGACUGCACCGCGACCUGCGCAGCACCACCUACCUGUACCUGUGCAGCAUGGCCGUCUCGGACAUCCUCAUCCUGCUGCUGAUGCCCGUUGACCUGUACAAGCUGUGGAGGUACCGGCCGUGGCUUCUGGGGGACGUCACCUGCAAGCUGUCGCAGUUCGUGAGCGAGGCGUGCACCUUCUCGAGCAUCCUGCACAUCACGGCGCUGAGCGUCGAGCGCUACCUGGCCGUGUGCUUCCCGCUGCGCGCCAAGGUGCUGGUGACGCACGCCAAGGUGAAGGGCCUCAUCGGGCUGCUGUGGGCCGCGGCGCUGCUGAGCGCGGGCCCCGUGUUCGCCCUGGUGGGCGUCGAGGAGCUGGAGGACGGCGGCGGCAGCGAGUGCCGCUGCACGCAGUACGCCUUGAGCUCGGGGCUCCUGGGAGCCAUGAUGUGGCUCUCGAACCUCUACUUCCUGGUGCCGCUGUGCUGCCUGAGCCUGCUAUACGGGCUCAUCGCACGCAAGCUCUGGCACCGGCGGCACUGCGCCCACCGCGACCGCGCCAACCGGCAGACCGUCAAAAUGCUCGCGGUCAUCGUCCUGGCCUUCGUGCUCUGCUGGCUGCCGUUCCACGUGGGUCGAACCCUCUUCUCCGUGUCGCUGAGCUCCAGCCCACACAUGUACACCGUGAGCCAGUACUUCAACCUGGUGUCCUUCGUGCUCUUCUACCUGAGCGCCGCCAUCAACCCCAUCCUCUACAACACCAUGUCCUCGCGUUACCGCCUGGCCGUGCGUGGCCUCCUGGGCCUCGCUGCGGGAGGGGCCGGCUCCCGGGGGGGUAUACACCUGUCUGCUCGGCCCCGCGCCCCUCCCCCGACCCGCCAGCACUCGCAGUCCACCGCCAACCUGUGA